UAGAGGUUUAGGAGAGCGAGGAGACAAAGCUCAGAGAUGGACAUCUUGAGUUGCAUACUACUAGGUCUAAUGGUUGCAUGGAUCUCAAUUUAUACCCUCUAUUAUUCACUUGGAAGAAGAUCAUCAGUUACCACAAGGCUCCCACCUGGACCAAACCCACUUCCCUUCUUUGGCAAUCUCUUAGAGCUUGGCAACAAACCCCAUCUCUCUCUCACCAAGCUUUCACACCGCUACGGCCCCAUAAUGGCCUUGCAACUCGGCCAAAUAACGACGGUGGUAAUUUCUUCAUCAACCGUCGCCAAAGAAGUCCUCCGAACCCACGACCAACUCUUCUGCAACCGAACCGUCCCAGAUGCGGUUCGAGCUUGUCAACAUUCCAAGUAUGGCAUGGCUUGGAUACCGGUUUCACCUGCUUGGAGAAACCUUCGCAAAAUAUGUAACACGCAAUUAUUCGCCACCAAAAUUCUCGAUGCCAACCAAGCCAACCGUCACCUAAAAGUGCAGGAGCUCAUAUCUGACGUCAAUGAAAGCGCUGUAAACGGUGAGGUGGUUGAUAUCGGAAGGGCUGCUUUCAAAACUUCGCUCAAUUUUCUAUCGCGUACAGUCUUCUCUGUGGAUUUAGCAGACCCACACAGUGCGACGGCGAGAGAGUUCAAGGAGUUGGUGUGGGGUAUCUUUGAAGAGGUUGGGAAACCUAACUUGGCUGACUAUUUUCCUGUGCUAAAAAAGAUUGAUCCCCUGGGGAUUCGACGCCGUUUGACUGGUCACUUCCGAAAGAUGCUUGACCUCUUUGACCGCUUGAUGAUGCAACGGUUUGAGUCAAGAAAAGUGCUUGAUUAUAUCACGACUAAUGAUAUGUUAGAUACCCUGAUAAACAUUAGUGAGGAGAAAAAUGAGGAUAUGGACAUGGAUGAAAUUCAACAUCUGCUCCUGGAAUUAUUUGCUGCCGGCACAGAUACAACAUCAUCGACGUUGGAAUGGGCAAUGGCUGAGCUACUCCGCAACCCAGAAAAACUGUCAAAAACUCAAGCGGAGCUGAAGCAGAUCAUCGGAAAAGGAAAAAUGGUUGAGGAAUCCGACGUUGCUCGACUUCCUUACUUACAAGCAAUAAUAAAAGAGACCUUCCGUCUGUACCCAGCAGCGCCUUUACUACUUCCCCGAAAAGCCGAAACAGACGUUGAAAUCGGCGGGUACAUUGUACCAAAGGGUGCACAAGUGUUUGUCAAUGCAUGGGCCAUAGGAAGAGAUCCUGGAAUUUGGGACAACCCGGACUCAUUCGUGCCAGAGAGGUUUCUAGGAUCGGAAAUUGAUGUAACCGGCCAGAACUUUGAGCUUAUCCCGUUUGGAAGUGGGAGGAGAAUGUGUCCUGGCUGGCCAUUGGCAAUGAGAAUGGUGAACUUGAUGUUGGGUUCGCUUAUUAACUGCUUCGAUAAAUGGAAGCUUGAAGAUGGAGUUACACCAGAGACCAUGAACAUGGAUCAGAACUUUGGCCUCACUUUACAGAAAGCUCAACCUCUCAGAGUUGUUCCCAUGUUAUAGAAAUAUAGAAGAACCCAGCUUGAUAUCUACUUUCAUGUUUCUACCAUAUAAUUUUAGGAAAACUAAUGAAAUGGGCUU